AUGGCUGAAUCAACAAAGAAUUUAAGACCAUAUUAUGAUUCAGAAACCUUCCAUGCUGGAGGUCCUGCAAUUUAUAGACCAGGAAUUGGUGUUGUUGAUGAACAUGGGAAUACUAUUGCUUCCAAAAUCGUCAGUUCUUCCAAUUUGAAAAGAUCAAUCAAUAAUUCAUUGGGUAUAGGAAGUGUCUCUAAAGGGUUUAGUGGGAAUGGUAAAUCAUCAAUGAAGAAUCUAAUACGGAUAAAUCAAUAUAAUGAAAAUAUUAAAAAAAAUAUGUAUUCAGAUUUAGAAUUUUCAGAAUAUUUUGAAUUACAAAAUGUUAGUGAAUUAAUCAAAUCUUUAAUAAAUUCAUUGAUUAAAAGUUAUUUAAGAUGUUUAAUUGCUCAACCUUUUGAAGUUGCUAGAUUAUUAUUACAAAUUGGUGAUAUACAAACAACGGGUUCUCAAAGCGUUAAUUCACAAUCCAAUGGAACUAAGAAAAACUUUAAUACUACAAAUAAUAAUGAUAAUAACGAAGCUGAUGAUGAUGAUGACGAUGAUGAUGAUGAUGAACAUGAUGAUGAAGUUUAUUAUUUCCGUUCUAAACAUGAAGAUGAUGAACCAGAACCAUCAAGAAGAACAAGAACAAUUAAACGUAAAGUGGAAACAUCUCCAAUAAGAAGUCAAAAAACACCAUCACCAAUACCUUUACGUAAAAAAAAUCCAAAUCAUAUCACACCAGUUUCAUUAAAUACUGUUGAUGUUAUGUCAAGUUUAUUAUCAAAAGAAGGAACAAGAGGAUUAUGGAGAGCAACUAAUGCAACUUUUAUAUUCAAUGCAUUAUCAUCAACUUUAGAAGCAUGGAUUACAGGAUUUAUUUCACCUUUUUUACAAAUUCCUGAUCCAUUUUUCGUUGAUGUUGCCCAUUCACCAGAACCUACUACAACCUUAGCAUUAUCAAUUACAGCUUCAAUUUUAACAGGUUUAUUACUAGCACCAUUAGAUUUGAUCAAGACUAAACUGAUUGUUUCUUCAAUUAAUAAUAAUGAAAGAAGUAUUAGAAAUUCUAUCAGGGAUUUAAAAUAUUUCACAUGUCCAAUUUCUUUAAUUAUACCAAAUAUUUUGAAUACUUUAGCAAAUACAAUUUUUAAGAAAUUUACACCAUAUUUAAUUGUUGUUAAAUUUGGUAUUGAUUCAUAUGCUUCACCAGUUUUAAAUAGUACAAUUGGUGUUGUUUCAUCUGUUUUAGAGUUAUUUGUUAGAUUACCAAUUGAAACAUUAUAUAGAAGAGCUCAAGUUGCAUUUUUAUUGAAAAAAUCAGAAGAUGGUAAUACAUUAAAGAUUAGAAAUGAAGACCAAUUAAUUGUUGGAUUUGGUGGUUAUUCAGGUCUUUUCAAAACAUUAUUUGAUAUUUAUCAUCAUCCAGGUCCAAAUGGUGGUAUUGAAGCAUUAUUUAGAGGUUGGAGAGUUGGUUUAUUAAACCUUUUUGGAAGUUUAGGAUUAAAUUUCUUACAACAAAAUUAUGAUGAUCAAAGUUUUAAAGAAGAGAAGUUUUAA